CCGGCUGACCAUGGCGGAGGUGGGUCGGGUAUCUGUACGUGACCCAGGUGGGCUGCUCCCCGGAGGCUUCUGGGCGGCCGUGGCCGUAUGGCUGGAGAGGCCGCAGGUGGCCAAUAAACGGCUGUGCGGCGCCCGUCUGGAGGCCCGCCAGAACGUCGUCCUACCCCGGGCAGAGGGCUGGAGCGCAGACCCUAAGCAGGAGGAGUUGAGUCCUCCUGUGCGCCGAAUGGAGGAGGGACCGGGGCCCGGCUCCAGCUCGCGAGCAGAACCCCAGGAGGGUACAGUGUGUCGCGGACGUGAGGAGGCCCGGGACCAGCUCCGGCAGACACAGAAGGAAGCAACCUUAUCGCCUCUGAUAGCCGGGAAUCCGGGGCAGCUUGGCAGGGUGGGAGGCAGGGAGGGCGACUUCCCCACCGCGGAUCUGGAUUCGCUCUGGGACGAUUUCUCUAGAAGUCUGGAAGGUAGCAAUCCGGAGAUGUUGGCCUUCCUCACCCGUUCUGGGGCGGAAUCGCGGCCUGCGGCGCAGCGCGAGUUCGAGGUGGUUCUCAGAACCGUCAUCCCUAAAACGAGCCCUCAUUACCCGCUUGUAGCCCCUAGGAGAGAAAUAGUAAUGCAAGAUAUCUUCAAUGGAGCUGUCACUUUUUUACCUCUGGAAGAAGAUGAUGAGGGGAAUUUAAAGGUUAAGAUGAACAAUGUAUAUCAAAUUCAGCUCAGGCAUUGCAAAGAAGAAUGGUUCAUAUCUGUUUUAAUUUUCUGUCCAGAAGGAUGGCAUUCAGAUGGAAUUCUGUAUCCCAAACCCCCCUGGCUUGGAGAAGAAUUAUUGGCCAAGUUGGCCAAGUGGUCUGUGGAGAACAAAAGGAGUGAAUUUAAAAACACUCUUUCCCUCAUUUCCAUUAUGAAAUACAGCAAAGCUUACCAGGAACUCAAGGAGAAGUAUAAAGAAAUGGUUAAGGUGUGGCCUGAAGUAACAGAUCCUGAAAAGUUCGUAUAUGAAGAUGUGGCUAUUGCUACAUACCUGCUGAUUCUAUGGGAAGAAGAAAGAGCUGAGAGGGGAGUAACUGCCAAGCAGUCUUUUGUUGACUUGGGUUGCGGCAACGGGCUUCUGGUCCACAUCCUGAGCAGUGAAGGGCAUCCAGGCAGAGGGAUUGACGUCCGAAGAAGAAAAAUCUGGGACAUGUAUGGACCACAGACUUGCUUAGAGGUACUGCCUUGGUUCAUGUCUUCCUAUAGUUGCCGCUUUUUUGUCCUUCCUUGCUGCUUCUUUGACUUCGCUGGAAAAUACCACCGGAGGCAGAGUAAGAAGACUCAGUACCGAGAAUACCUUGAUUUCAUUAAAGAAGUGGGAUUUACCUGCGGAUUUCAUGUAGAAGAAGACUGCCUUAGAAUUCCCUCAACCAAAAGAGUCUGUCUCAUUGGGAAAUCCAGAACAUACCCUCCCACCGCAGAGCCUUUGGUUGAUGAGCAGAGGACUCAGUACAUCACCAGCAGGCGGGGCUGCCCUGUGCACCUGCCUGGUGGGAAGCCUUCCCCUUCUUCACCCUGGGUAGCUGCUGGCUGUGUUGGUCACCACGAUGGUCACAGAGCCCUGGACAUCAGGGUUGAAUGUGCCCCAGAGGCCAAGGCUACUGAGCAUGGAGCAGAGGUCCAGGUGGAAGGACCCUGGCUGCCAGGCUUUCACCCCAGAGACAAAGCUGAACGCGUGAGGAAUUGUGCCACCCUCCCCCGAGAUUUUAUUGACCAAGUGGUUUUGCAAGUGGCCAAUUUGUUGCUAGGUGGAAAGGAAUUAAACCCAAGAAGUUCUCAAAAUGGGAGUUUGAAGACCUGGAAUGGAGGAGAGAGCCUUUCCCUGGCAGAAGUAGCCAGUGAGCUGGACAAGGAGACCCUGCAAAGGCUGAAGCGAGAGUGUGGGGGCCUACAGACGCUGCUCCGAAACAGUCACCAGGUGUUCAAAGUUUUGAAUGGGAGAGUUCACAUUCGCGAUUGGAGAGAAGAGAAGCUACAGAAGAAAAAACAACCUGAAGCAAAACAGAGACCGUUUUCUGAAUCCUUCAAAACCCGCGUCUGCUGGUUUUUCAUUCAUCACCCUGAUGGCUGUGUUCUGCCCUCAGACUGCUGCCCAUUUGCCCAUGGGCCUGGAGAGCUGCGGCCUUCUCAGGCCACCAAGAGGAAAAGGCCAAUUCCAUGAGCUGCUCGCUGCUCUCAAGCUGAGGCCUGGCAGGGGUGGCUGAGCAGGAAGGAAUGCUGCCAGCUCUCCUGGGCACUGUGCUCCCAUGCAGCCAUUCUCUCUGCCUCUGUCCAGACUCUCAUGGUGAUACAGCCGUACUUCAUAAACAGCCAAAGAAGCCGACGUCACCAGCCCCACUGGGUACUGCGUUUGUCUUCAGUGUGGUCCCUUUUAGAGGUGCACAGCGUCUUUGCAUCAGAGGACACAUGCAGGUCCUCGUGGUAUCUCCUGGGGAGAGCAGCAUGGGAGACCUUCCGAGGCCCUUCCAAGUCCUAUUCUGACUGCCAGCCAUGCUACACUGGUGUCUGUGGAGAGACAGGGCACAGGAGAGGUAUAGCCGUGUCUGCCAAGCCUCCUGCUCUGGGGGGCAAACACCAGAUUUGUAUUUUAGAAACAUAAAGCUUACCCCACCAUUUACUUCAUAAACAGCCAGAGAAGCUGAUGUCACGCAACCCCACUGGGUGCUGUGUUUGUUGACAUUACUUUUAGAAUUAUAGAGGAAAAAACACAAUUGCAUGACCAUGAUUUUCCCUGCUAGCUACUCUGAGCAGCGUAAAAUGAAUCAUAAGUGGAGCGGUGCCUGUGGCUCAGUUGGUAGGGCACCAACCCCAUAUAC